AGUAGAGCAAGAAAUAGUAACAGAAAUAAUCCGUGUACCUGCCAAGAAACAAAAAACACGCAAAUGCCAAAUUUGUGACAAAUCCUUCCCUAAAGCCUGCGAUUUAAAAAAACACAUGGUCUCUCACAGUAACGACAGACCUUACACUUGCAUAACUUGUAAUAAUACUUUCAAACGCUCCAAAGCCCUAUCGGCUCACUUAAAAUUCCAUUCAGGCACCAAACCAUAUGUGUGCGAUAUAUGCAACCAAGCAUUUCCUCAUACAACAGCUUUAAGACACCAAAAAGUAUUCCACAAAGGAGCACGCAAAUAUAAAUGUGAGAUAUGUAACAAAGCUUUUAUUCGGGUAGGUCAUUUACAACAGCAUUUAGCAACUCAUACAGGUGAACGGAAGUUUAAAUGUGAUUUCUGUCCUAAAACAUUCACACAAUCAGGCAGUUUAUCAAAUCACAUAAAUACCCAUACAGGAUUGAGAUUGUAUGAAUGUGACAAGUGUGAUAAGACAUUUAAUAAUUCCAGUGACCUCCAUAAACACUUUGUGACCCACAACGAAGAACGACCGUUCGAAUGUGAGCUGUGCAAUAAAUUAUAUAAACGUCCUGCACAUUUAAAACAGCACAUGUUGCUACAUGCAGGUGUGAAGCCCUAUAAGUGUGAUAUUUGUGAUAGAAUGUUCAGU